AUGGCCUCCGUCUCCCUGCUCCGCGUAGCCGCUCGCGUCUCAACCACUCUCGCCCGCAACGCCGCUCGGCCCGCCGCUCAGCCCCUGAUGGUCCGCGCCUUCAGCACGUCAAUGCCCCGACGAAGCGAGCACGCCGAGGAGACCUUUGAGGAGUUCACUGCCAGAUUCGAGAGGGAGUUUGACGGCGUGCAGGAUGUCUUUGAACUCCAGCGCAACCUGAACAACGCCUUCGCCUACGACCUCGUCCCCUCCACUUCUGUAAUCGCUGCCGCCCUCAGGGCCGCCCGGAGGGUUAACGACUUUGCUACUGCUGUCCGCAUCUUUGAGGGCGUCAAGGCCAAGGUCGAAAACAAGGGCCAGUACGACCAAUACCUCAACGAGCUCAAGGUCCUCCGGGACGAGCUCGGCGUCCCUCUCAAGGAGGACCUGUAUCCUGAGGAGAAAUAA